UCCGCGAGUGAAGGCGUUCAGUUCAGGAGGAGCCUCGCGGGGCGGCGAUCGAUUAGUCAGGCCUCAGAAAGAUGGCGUCCUCGGAGCAGGCAGAGCCGACGAGCCAGCCCGGCUCUACCCCAGAAAACGAGAAUGUGGUGCCUCGGGAACCCCUUAUUGCCACUGCAGUCAAGUUUCUCCAGAAUUCCCGGGUCCGCCAAAGUCCACUUUCAACCAGAAGGGCAUUUCUUAAGAAGAAAGGGCUGACAGAUGAAGAGAUUGACUUGGCUUUCCAGCAGUCGGGCACUGCUGCCGAUGAGUCUCAGUCCUUGGGCCCUCCCACCCAGAUGGUGCCCCUCCAGCCCCCUCACCUCAUGCCUCAGCCAUACAACCCUGCAGGUUCUAGAUGGCGCGAUUAUGGGGCUCUGACUAUCAUCAUGGCGGGCAUCGCCUUUGGCUUCCACCAGCUCUACAAGAAGUACCUGAUCCCUCUGCUCAUGGGCGGCAAGGAGGACAGGAAGCAGCUUCAGAGAAUCGAGGCGAAUAUCUCAGAGAUGAGCGGCAGCAUGACGCAGACAGUGACUCAGUUACAGGCGACGUUAGCCUCUGUCCAGGAAUUACUGAUCCAGCAGCAACAGAAAAUCCAGGAUCUUACCCAGGAACUGGCUGCCUCCAAGGCCACCACAUCCACCAACUGGAUCCUGGAGUCACAGAAUAUAAAUGAACUCAAGUCUGAGGUUAAUUCCUUAAAAGGACUUCUCCUAAACCGGAGGCAGUUCCCUCCGUCACCUUCAGCCCCCAAGAUUCCCUCCUGGCAGAUCUCGGUGAAGUCGUCGUCUCCUUCCAACCCCACCGUAGCCAACCACAACCACAACAGCAGCAGCGACAUCUCUCCGGUCAGCAAUGAGUCCGCCUCCUCUUCACCCGUGAAGGAGAACCACAGCCCUGAGGGGGCGAAGGUCAACUAUCACCUGCUGGGCCCGGAGGAGGAAGGUGGGGUGGUGAUUGAUGUGAAGGGCCAGGUGCGGAUGGAGGUGCAGGGGGAAGAGGAGAAGAGAGAGGACAAGGAGGAGGAGGAGGAGGAGGAGGAGGAGGACGUGAGCCACGUGGAUGAGGAGGAUUGCCUGGGCGUGCAGACAGAGGACCGGAGAGGGGGAGACGGGCAGAUCAAUGAGCAGGUGGAGAAGCUGCGGAGACCCGAGGGGGCCAGCAACGAGAACGAGAUCGACUAGGACCGUCUCCUUCCUCUUCCUCCCUCCUGCCUGCCCCUGCCCACCACACAACCCCUUCCCUCCGUCAUCAGGGGAUGGGGAAACCCCGCACAGGAGUAAUUUCUCUGCCAAUUCUCCACGUGUCGUGUUGACUGGCCCCUGGCGCUUCAUGCGCUCGGUGUGCUGACUUCCCGGGCACUGCCAGGCAGGAAGGAUGGCUCUCCUCUCACCCGCACUCUAGCCUGCCUCACUCACUGCAGCCCCUCAGGUGUGAGGUGAGGGCAGCUGUGAGGACAGAGCUUUUCCCUGGGUCCAGCCUGGGGCCUCUGCAGAUCUUCCCAAGUCCUGCUGGCUUUUCUGAGCCCUUCCAUCGAGUCUCAUUUCUCACCUUCAUUUCACUCCUUGAGUAUCCUCCCCUCUGCAUCCCACCCCCUUCCCCUACAUUUCGUUCUUAAAGCCAGCCUGGCCUUUGAGAUCUGCUUGGCCGGACAGCCCUGGAGUCACCCGCCACCCUGGGCCCUUCUCUUUGCCCUCAGGGGCAUCUGGCCUUUAAUACUGGUCAUGACAACAGGUAGCUUAAUUGCCUGACUCCUAACUCCUCAGGUGAGAAAGAACUGUUGGAAUGAUUCUCUGUCACUCCUCACCAUCCCCCAGCCCGGGCCCAUCCACGUCCUCAGGAUGGUUAUGUGCAGCAAGCAUCUGGCUGCCUACCCUUUGUCUCUGAAGGGGGCGACUCCAUCCUCCCUUUUCUCUGUUGGACGAUCAGUGGGUCAGAGUGGUCAGCAAAGCCCCAGGCCCCCUGGCUGCUCCCCGACGAAGGCUGGGCCGGGCCCUGCUGAGCACCAAGGGCUUUCCCAAAUGGAGCUGUCCUGCCGGGCCUCCCUUUCCUCUCCUGUCAUCCUCCUGGAGAAAUGAAAUGACACAGGGAUUUUGACCGCUCAUUUUUGCUGCAUCAUGUUCUCAACUGGUCCGAUGGUGACACCUGAUCCCUCCUCCCUGCACAGGAGCCACCAGCCGAGCAAUUCCUGAAACAUCCGAGUCUGUCCUUCUCACAAAGAAAAACCGCGCUCGUUUGUGUGAUCAUGUAUAGAUUCCAGAAUAUAAGAUAUGACUGUAUAUACUUGUAAUAAAUAGGAGCUACCACUAUUUAA